UCCAUCACAAAUCCCUCCCCCAAGCGGCUGCUGAAAGAGAAAAAAGACUCUUCGGAUUCAUUCCCACACAGUUGUUUGAUGUUACUAUAUCGUGUACGUCAAUUUUACGAAACUAUUCUAAAUUAGAAUAUUUAUUUCAUCCAUCUGUUCAUACUCACAUAAUACGUCUAAUUAGAAAAUUAGCCUUGAAUUUAAUUAUUUUUGUUGUACAAACUGCGUUAUUGGUAUCAAAAAUAUUUAUUUGUGAAAAGAAAAUGGAAUUCAAAAUAUGGAGCUGUUUCUUAGUGAUUUUGUUGGUUUCAUCAUGUAUUGAUGGUGGAAAAGUAAAAUAUCCUGGGAAAAUCUAUAGUCGACCUAGUUCAGGUGGGUCAUAUCAACCUUCUGGUGGAUAUCCAUCUCACACUGCAACAAACCAUCAUCCAAGUCAGAACUACAAUCCCAGUUAUCAUCCACCACCAAAUACUGGCUACCAUCCGCAGCCAAAUGGUGGCUACCAUCCGCAACCUGGCUAUCAUCCCCCACCAAAUGCUGGUUAUCAUCCAGCACCAGCUCAACCUGCCCAAACAAUUAUAGUUGAAUCAGAGAAACGUGGACUUGGUACCAUUGCCAAAGAAGCUGCUGUGGGUGCGGUAGUCAGUGCCGGAGUCAACGCCGCUGUAAACAGAGUAAUUCCUGGAGGAAUUUAUGGCCACAGUUUCUCGGGAUCUUCGGGUUCUGCCCCAGCACCAGCACCUGCAGCACCUGGAGUAACUCACACUGAAAUUAUUUAUAAUAAUUACUAUGGAAAUGGGACUGGCCCAGCUCCAGGAGAUCCAGCUGCUCAACCACCUUAUCCACCAGGUUUUCAACCCAAUCCAGCAGUUCCAGGUUCGGUUCCUCAACCAUAUGUUCCACCGCAAAAUCCACCUGGUAAUUAUUACGGAAACCCAGCAAGCUCUGUAAUUUAUAAAACAUCAACUAAUGCUGCUGGAUCAAUAAUUAAUGAAAGCGGCCUUAUUACACUUCUUUCCAUACUUGUCUUUGCUAAAAAUAUUUUUUAAUUAUAAUCUACAAAUAACUAACUAUUUUUAAAAUCAUAUACUUGUAAUAUAAAAAUAUUUUCCGUAAUUGCUAAGAAUCUAUUUUGAAAGAUCAAAAAUUUUUAAUUUAUUGAUAAUUAACUUUCUUCCAUCCAUUAGUUGUAAUAUUUAUAAUACGAUCAUGUACUUUGAAACAGUAUGAUCAAUUAUUAGACGUCAGCUAAUUUCAGUUUUAUAAAACAUAUAUUUUGAUAUAAGCUUGCAAAAAUUUAACGAUACAAUAAAUUAUGAUGAAGUCAAUAUUUCUACAUCACAAGCAAAAAGCUAUUGCUUCACAAUAUGUUAUACUCCAUUAAUAAUUAUAAAAUCAAAUUUUUAUAUUGGAAUUUUUAAAAGUAUUUACAAUAAAUGUUACUCAAUGCCGUUAUAAAAUCAAAGUCUAUUUUUAAUACAAUAUACAUAUUUUUUGUGGAC